AUCAGGGUGGACAGUGUAGCAUAGGGCAAGAAUCAAGGUGGCCUGAGUUUCUGUCCCUUUACCACUGAAGGUGCCCCAAAUCUUUGGUUAAUGAAUCUAAGAAGAUUCCCCCUGCCUAUUACAUGCUUUAUAGAGAUGUUUGUGAAACUAAAGAAGAAAAAGCCCGAUGAGAGAAAGGGAAAGUUAAGGAUGCUGGAGCAGAACAAUGGAUUUCUCUUUCUCUUUCAUGCAAGGGAUCAUGGGAAACACAAUUCAGCAACCACCUCAACUCAUUGACUCCGCCAACAUCCGCCAGGAGGAUGCCUUUGAUAACAACAGUGACAUUGCUGAAGAUGGUGGCCAGAUACCAUAUGAAGCUACCUUGCAGCAAGGCUUUCAGUACCCAUCUACAACAGAAGAUCUUCCUCCACUCACAAACGGCUAUCCACCGUCAAUCAGCAUAUACGAAACACAAACCAAAUACCAGUCAUAUAAUCAGUAUCCUAAUGGGUCAGCCAAUGGCUUCGGUGCAGUUAGAAACUUUAGCCCCACUGACUAUUACCAUUCAGAAAUUCCAAACACAAGACCACAUGAAAUUCUGGAAAAACCUUCCCCUCCACAGCCACCACCUCCUCCUUCGGUACCACAAACUGUGAUUCCAAAGAAGACUGGCUCACCUGAAAUUAAACUAAAAAUAACCAAAACUAUCCAGAAUGGCAGGGAAUUGUUUGAGUCUUCCCUUUGUGGAGACCUUUUAAAUGAAGUACAGGCAAGUGAGCACACAAAGUCAAAGCAUGAAAGUAGAAAAGAGAAGAGGAAAAAAAGCAACAAGCAUGACUCAUCGAGAUCUGAAGAGCGCAAGUCACACAAAAUCCCCAAAUUAGAACCAGAGGAACAAACUAGACCAAAUGAAAGAGUUGACGCUGCAUCAGAAAAACCAAGAGAAGACCCAGUACUAAAGGGAGAAGCCCCUGUACUAAAGGCAGAAGCCCCGGUUCAGCCAAUACUAUCUUCUGUUCCAACAACAGAAGUAUCUACUGGUGUUAAGUUCCAGGUUGGUGAUCUUGUUUGGUCCAAGGUGGGAACCUAUCCUUGGUGGCCUUGUAUGGUCUCAAGUGAUCCCCUGCUCGAAGUCCAUACCAAAAUUAACACAAGAGGUGCCCGGGAAUAUCAUGUUCAAUUUUUUAGCAACCAGCCUGAGAGGGCUUGGGUUCAUGAAAAGCGGGUACGGGAGUAUAAAGGUCAUAAACAGUAUGAAGAAUUACUGGCGGAGGCUACCAAACAGGCCAGCAAUCACUCUGAGAAGCAAAAGAUUCGUAAACCUCGACCUCAAAGAGAACGUGCUCAGUGGGAUAUUGGCAUUGCCCAUGCUGAGAAAGCAUUGAAAAUGACCCGAGAAGAAAGAGUAGAACAGUAUACUUUUAUCUAUAUUGAUAAACAGCCUGAAGAAGCUUUAUCCCAAGCAAAAAAGAAUGUUGCCUCUAAAGCUGAAGUUAAAAAAACCCGAAAACCAAGAUCUGUGCUGACUACUCAGCCAGAACAGACCGAGGCUGGGGAGACGGCCUCCUCACCAUCAGGCACUGAGCCUCGGAGGCAUAGCCAGAGGAGGCACACCAGUGUGGAAGAGGAAGAGCCGCCUCCUGUGAAAAUUGCCUGGAAAACAGCAGCAGCAAGGAAAUCCCUACCAGCUUCCAUCACUAUGCACAAGGGGAGCCUGGAUUUACAGAAGUGUAACAUGUCUCCAGUUGUGAAAAUUGAACAAGUGUUUGCACUUCAGAAUGCUACAGGGGAUGGGAAAUUCAUCGAUCAAUUUGUUUAUUCAACAAAGGGAAUUGGUAACAAAACAGAAAUAAGUGUCAGGGGGCAAGACAGACUUAUAAUUUCUGCACCAAACCAGAGAAAUGAAAAGCCAACACAGAAUAUGUCAUCUCCUGAGGCAACAUCUGGUCCUACAGGCUCAGUAGAAAAGAAGCAACAGAGAAGAUCAAUUAGAACUCGCUCUGAGUCAGAGAAAUCCACUGAGGCCGUGCCCAAGAAGAAGAUCAAAAAGGAGCAGGUUGAAAUGGUUCCUCAGGCUACAUUGAAGACUGGAUUACAGAAAGGUGCCAGCGAGAUUUCAGAUUCCUGUAAACCUCUAAAGAAAAGAAGUCGCGCCUCAACUGAUGUAGAAAUGACUAGUUCAGCAUACAGAGAUACGUCUGACUCCGAUUCUAGAGGACUGAGUGAUCUGCAGGUAGGCUUUGGAAAGCAAGUAGACAGCCCUUCAGCUACUGCAGAUGCAGAUGUUUCUGAUGUGCAGUCCAUGGAUUCAAGUUUGUCAAGAAGAGGCGUUGGCAUGAGUAAGAAGGAUACCGUGUGCCAGAUCUGUGAAAGCUCUGGUGACUCUCUGACUCCUUGUGAGGGAGAGUGCUGCAAACACUUUCACCUGGAAUGCCUGGGAUUGACCUCAGUCCCUGAUGGAAAGUUCAUCUGCACGGAAUGUAAAACCGGGCAGCACCCAUGUUUUUCAUGUAAGAUAUCUGGUAAAGAUGUGAAGCGUUGUUCUGUUGGUGCUUGUGGGAAAUUUUAUCAUGAAGCCUGUGUCCGAAAAUUCCCCACUGCCAUCUUUGAAUCAAAAGGAUUCCGCUGUCCCCAGCACUGCUGCUCUGCCUGCUCUAUGGAAAAAGAUAUCCACAAAGCAAGUAAAGGCCGCAUGCUGAGAUGUCUGCGGUGCCCAGUGGCCUAUCACUCUGGGGACGCGUGCCUUGCCGCCGGGAGCGUGUUGGUGUCCUCCUGCGUCCUCAUCUGCAGUGGGCAUGCGAGACGCAACAGCAACUCUGCUGCUGCCAUCAACGUAGGCUUUUGUUUCAUUUGUGCCAGAGGGCUCAUAGUUCAGGACCACUCAGACCCCAUGUUCAGUUCAUAUGCCUAUAAGUCCCACUACCUACUGAAUGAAUCAAAUCGUGCUGAGUUGAUGAAAUUACCUAUGAUUCCUUCUUCGUCAGCUUCCAAAAAGAAAUGUGAGAAAGUUAUUAAGACUGUCUAUUUGUUUCAAGGUGGAAGAUUGCUCUGCUGUGACUCGUGCCCAGCGUCCUUCCACCUGGAGUGUCUGAGCAUGGACAUGCCAGAAGGCUGCUGGAAUUGCAAUGACUGUAGAACUGGCAAGAAACUCCAUUACAAGCAGAUUGUUUGGGUCAAAUUGGGAAAUUACAGAUGGUGGCCAGCAGAGAUCUGCAACCCCAGGGCUGUGCCACUCAACAUCCAAGGUCUCAAACAUGACUUGGGGGACUUCCCCGUGUUCUUCUUCGGCUCUCACGACUACUACUGGGUGCACCAGGGCAGAGUAUUCCCUUACAUUGAAGGAGACAAAAGCUUUGCUGAGGGACAGACUAGUAUUAACAAGACCUUCAAGAAAGCACUGGAAGAAGCUGCAAAACGUUUCCAGGAAUUGAAAGCACAAAGAGAAAGUAAAGAAGCCCUAGAGAUUGAAAAAAACUCAAGAAAACCUCCUCCUUACAAACACAUCAAAGCUAACAAAGUCAUAGGAAAGGUACAGAUCCAGGUUGCUGACCUGUCAGAGAUUCCCCGCUGUAACUGCAAGCCAGCUGAUGAAAACCCUUGUGGCUUGGAAUCAGAGUGCCUGAACAGAAUGUUGCAGUACGAGUGUCACCCACAGGUGUGCCCAGCUGGAGAUCGUUGUCAGAACCAGUGCUUCACAAAGAGGCUCUACCCUGAUGCAGAGAUCAUCAAAACGGAGCGAAGAGGCUGGGGCCUCAGGACCAAAAGAAGCAUUAAGAAGGGCGAAUUUGUAAAUGAAUAUGUUGGUGAAUUAAUUGAUGAAGAAGAAUGCAGAUUGCGAAUCAAGCGAGCCCACGAGAACAGUGUAACUAAUUUUUAUAUGUUAACUGUUACCAAGGACCGGAUAAUUGACGCUGGCCCAAAAGGAAAUUAUUCUCGCUUUAUGAACCACAGUUGUAACCCAAACUGUGAGACACAGAAGUGGACGGUGAAUGGAGAUGUUCGAGUUGGACUGUUCGCUCUUUGUGAUAUCCCUGCAGGGAUGGAGUUAACAUUUAAUUACAACCUGGACUGUCUGGGCAAUGGGAGGACGGAGUGCCACUGUGGGGCAGAUAACUGCAGUGGUUUUCUAGGAGUGCGGCCAAAGUCGGCAUGUGCAUCAACAAAUGAAGAAAAGGCGAAAAAUGCUAAGUUAAGGCAGAAGAGACGGAAAGUCAAAACAGAACCAAAGCAGAUGCAUGAAGACUACUGUUUUCAAUGUGGGGAUGGUGGAGAGCUGGUGAUGUGUGACAAAAAAGACUGUCCCAAAGCAUACCACCUCUUAUGCCUUAACCUGACGCAGCCACCAUAUGGAAAGUGGGAAUGCCCAUGGCAUCAGUGUGCCGAGUGUGGCAGUGCGGCUGUGUCCUUCUGUGAGUUCUGCCCUCGUUCAUUCUGUAAAGAUCAUGAAAAGGGGGCUCUGGUUCCCUCUGCACUGGAAGGCCGUCUCUGCUGCUCUGAACAUGAUCCCGUAUCUCCUGUGUCACCAGAAUACUGGAACAAGAUAAAAUGUAAAUGGGAAUCACAGGAUCAUGGAGAGGAAGUCAAAGAAUAAAUGGGUGGUGCCCUCCUUUCUACUGAAAUGAAAAUGAAAGAAAAAAGCAAAUAGAGAAUGCAUUUAAAAAGAAGAGACUGCUACAGCCUUUGCCAUCAGAACUGCCUUAUUAAAGCAAAAAUGGGAAACCAGUUCAUGCGGGCAGAAGCAGUUGGUGGUAUCUGGGUUUUUCUGUUUUGUUGGUUUAGGGAUUCUUCUGUGGAGGGUUAAAUUCCCUCUGUCUUUUCUUGCCUUGUAUUGUGCUUCAAUGCCUUUGCAUCUGGAAAGAGAUGUCUUUGCUUUUAAAAGAAGAACAAUAAGAAAAGAAAGUUCUGUUAAUGAGAUAAAUUUAAAGUCUAAGAUGUGUUCUUUGGUGUAUAAAGCAAAAGAAACCAUCAUUCCUUUAUUUAUUUUCAUUUUUAGGAAUUUCCAGAAGUGUAGUUCAAAUAGUUUAAUCAGUGUGCACACGUGCGUUUUUAGUAGGAAUCAGAGAAAGCCUCUUAGAAAAAGGGUGUGAUAAUCUUUAUAUACCUCUUUACUGAGCAGUAGGUAGGCUAACUUCUCUUCCCCUUCAAAUGUUUUUCAUAGGCUUAGAGAAGGGCUCUAUGGAAGUAUUAAAUCUGGCCUCUUGAAAAUAAAUGCUCAAAGGAUUUUACCUCUGUGGUCUUAAACAAAAUGGGCUUUGUGGUAGGGUAACUUUACCUAGAAAGGUAUAUCAUGUGUUUUUCUGUUUUGGAGGAAAAGACAAGAAUGGCGUGCUCACUGAUUUUUGAAAUGUUUUCCAUUGACAGUGCUUUUCUAAUGAAGUGUGUUCACGUGGAUGUGACUGUUUGUAACGAAGUGUGUUCACGUGGAUGUGAAUGUAAUGGAGUGUGUUCACUUGGAUGUGAAUGUUUGUAAUGGAGUGUGUUCACGUGGAUGUGAAUGUAAUGGAGUAUGUUCAUGUGGAUGUGAAUGUUUGUAAUGGAGUGUGUUCACGUGGAUGUGAAUGUUUGUAACGGAGUGUGUUCACGUGGAUGUGAAUGUAACGGAGUGUGUUCACGUGGAUGUGAAUGUUUGUAACGAGUGUGUUCACGUGGAUGUGACUGUAACGGAGUGUGUUCACGUGGAUGUGAAUGUAACGGAGCGUGUUCACGUGGAUGUGAAUGUUUGUAACGGAGUGUGUUCACGUGGAUGUGAAUGUAACGAAGCGUGUUCACGUGGAUGUGAAUGUAAUGGAGUAUGUUCACGUGGAUGUGAAUGUUUGUAACGGAGUGUGUUCACGUGGAUGUGAAUGUAACGGAGCGUGUUCACGUGGAUGUGAAUGUUUGUAACGGAGCGUGUUCACGUGGAUGUGAAUGUAACGGAGCGUGUUCACGUGGAUGUGAAUGUUUGUAAUGGAGUGUGUUCACGUGGAUGUGAAUGUUUGUAACGGAAUGUGUUCACGUGGAUGUGAAUGCACACAGUGGGGUGGCCAUUCCUGUUGCUCUGACAAGAGGAUGAAGGGAGAUGAGAUGAAAGGCACACCCGGGAAAGUCUGCUCGUGUCUGCUCUGUUUCUGUCCAGUGUGAAUAGAUUUUAGUCUGACUUGGAGAGAAUUAUGGGCAUUUUAUUGUCUGUCUCUGUUUCCCUCUCCUAAUUGAACAUUUCCUUUGUCAACUGACCAUUCAAUCAUGUUUCCUGGUGAAAUUACACAGUGAACUUAAAUUUUAUUUGAGAUUAUCUUUUAGGUUGAGUUCCUAAUUUAGGGGGUGGAAACAGUGGGCCCAUCCCCAAAUUAUAUGCAAAGUAUUUAGUAUUAUCCAACAUUUAACAUUUCUCCCACUGGGUAAGGGAAAGCACUUCUACUUUUACAGGGUAUGUAAGAGCUACGUAAACACACUUCAUCUUAGGAAGAACUAGGAGAAAAUUCCCAAGAAAGUCAGUGUUAGCAAAAGUGGUUUACUGUGAUGCUUGAAUCUCAGUAGAUGUGACUAUAGUAAGAUGUCUGCUCACAAAACUCACUUGCUUUUAAUGCUUAGGGAUGUGUGUAUUCCAGUGUUCCUUGUAUGAAAUGAUGAGUCACGUCAGAGAUUGUGGUAACACUGUGCUGAGUAGAAGUCUAGGCUAGCUUGACUGAAUGUUCACUUUCUUUGUGAAUUCUGGCUGCUUAUAAUUGCUGGUACCGGGUAGCAUUUAUUUUCCCUCAAGAAGUACCCAGUGACCUUCUGAAAGGAGGAUAGAUGUUUUACCGCAUUCCUUCAGUUGUAUUAUGUGUGUUGUUUUCUUAUCAAUUUAGAGCUCUUCCUAGAAAGAAGAGAAAAAAAGCUGUUUUGUGCCUCUCUUUUUUUGGUGUGUAAAUGUGCAAUUAUACUGGAUUUUCUCUUGUAAAAAAACAAAACAAAAACAAAAAAACACUACAAUUAUUUUACUUAAGCUCCUAAACUGCCAUUUGCCUGGUCCCAGCAAUUAACUCUGAGGUGACUUGUUGGGCUUUCAAUUCUGUUGAUUAGAUAUUGUCUCCCAAAAAAGAGCAAAGUGGAAAAUGCUAUAUACAUGUUACCAAAUGUAAUUGCUACAAGUAACAUGAAAAACAGCUCACCAAAACACUAAACUUUGCUCUGAGCAAUUAUAUAGUUGGAUUGUCCUUUUAAAAAAUAAUUUAAGAAAAUCUAGGUUUUAUUCUACUAAAAUUUUAUUUUAUAUAUGGUAAAUAUUGAUUUUUUUUUAAAACUUACUAACAUAAGGAUUUCCUUUAUUAAUAUUCUAAAUGCAACUCUUCAUUGGGACAACAUUCAACAUGCGAUCUUAUCUCCUUGCUUUGUUUUAGACUCAGUGCUAUUUGAUACCUGACGACUUUUACUUGGUGAGCAGGGUGCGUCCUGUACACUGCACCUACUGUAGCUUAAGGAUCUAUACGCCGCUUCUCCAUUAUGUCAUAUUUUGUUUUUGUAUCUGUGAUAGAGCUCUGUUGAGAUUUUAUAAUCUUUUGAGGGGAAAUAUUAGUAGCAUUUUGCCAUUUCAGAAAUCAAGAGUAGAAAACAAAAUAGCUAACCACAGCUCUGAAAUUUUUGUCCGGGAGUGUUCUUUAAUGGUUGAAAAAGUCGUUUUAGUCAUUCCAGUGCCGAGGAGCUCUCCUCACACCUCCUUAGUGUCAGUGUUGACCUAUUUCAUAUAUUUUAAGAUUGCAGGUGGUGGAAGCAGAGAGAAAAUUGUGCUUUAUGUGUGCGUAAGUGUCCAGACACUGUGCUUGCCUAUGCUGCACCAAUGAAAUAUUCUAAAAGACACUGUUCACUCAUAGUCUGAAGUUGGUAUUUGUUAACUUUUAAAUCUAUAUGUGGUCAGAGUGUAAAUGGUUGGUUUUUAUUCUUGUCCAAUAAUGAAAUAACUUAAAGCAGCAUGGAAUAAUGGUGGCGUUUUUUAACCUCAUAUUAAUUGUUUGAAAGAAGAGCUGAACAUAAAGUUUUUGAUAAUCAGCAUUAAUGCUUCAGAGAAAGAUGAACUCCCAGGAAACCAUCACAGGUGCUGUGCAGUGGAGGGAGGGGCUGCCCACAAGUCCUCGGAGGAACCAGAGGAGCUGCCUGUGGCCAGCUGAGAAGAGAGGGGGUAGUUCUUCAUCUCUAGAAUGCUGAAGCAGCUGGAGGCUGGGAUUUGCUUCUUUAAUCUCUAAUCAGGGCUAGAGAUGGGAGGGAGGGUGGGUUUCAUUUUCACUGCUGUUUUAACAAGUUCCCACUCUAGCUUAAUUCUGAAAAAGAUUUGGCUAAAUCUGUAGAAUAGGCUGAGUUUUGGAACCAUUGAAACUCUUGAGAUUUCUGCAUGUUCAAGAACAUAUCCGAAAACUAAAAAAAAAAAAAAAGAUCAUAAUUGAAGGACAGGGGAGCUCUCCCAGCUCCUGCUGCCAUUUCUGCACAGUAUUUGAAAACACACCUGUAAAUACCAUUGUGGAGCUGAGAUGCUCAGUAUGGGAUCAUGUAGAGGAAGCUCAGAUGGGACAGGAUACAGGCCAACUUCUGGCUCACAAAGUGGAGUUUCCUUUUUGAGUAAUUUGUUGCAUGGUGUGUUCUAAUCGGGGUCAAGUCCAGACCUACAGUUUGGAAUCAGGCCAUCUACACAGAAUGGAAUCUCUGGACUGCCUAGGACUUGUUGCUUGUCUUUUAUUUCAUUUUUAAAUACAAAGCUCUUCCUUUAGCAUUCAUCUAAAAGUCAAGGCACUGCCUGCCACACGCCAUGUCCUCUGACAGGAUGAGAAAAGAAGUUACUAUGGAAUCCUUACAGCCUGGGAAUCUGAUAUUUGGUGCACUUCUACAUAAGGUGCGGUUGACAUUGGAAAGUCGUUUUGUUGUUCAGCAAUGCAGACUAGAUUUGAAUCACUUUUUACAAGGCUGAUGCAUCUAGCUUCCCCCAAAUUGUCCAAGUUGGUGCAGACAUGUAGUGAUUAGAUGGAACAAUUUACUUAUUUGUAAGCAGAAAGUAGAACUUGCUUCCAGUUUUAGAUGGGCUAAGGAAUAGAUACAAUCAGACAGCUUUGCAAUGAAUUAACAAAUAUUGAAAAGUUGGAAACUUACACAUUCUGAAAUCUCACCAACCCUUAUCUGGGGUGGGCUACCAGGAGAAAAGGGGGGUUAUAAAUAGGGCAAGGGGAAUGAUAAUGUUUACCAUAGGUACGAAGUAGUCACUUUAACAUUGAGACCUCUGCCUCAUUGAAUUCAGGUUUUUUAAGUACUUGAAACUCUUCAGAUUCUCCUUAUUUACAGCUUCUUUUUAAAUUUACAAAGUAGAAAGCAUUGUUUUGUAUACUGUUUUGAAAAUAAAUAGCCUAGUCUCUUAUCCUCUUGGAAGUUCUGCAAAUGGGAAAGAGUAUUCCCAGUGGUGAUCUCAGAUUUAUUUUACACACUUGAGGAAGAGACUCUUGCAUGAGAUACCAGCAACAUUUUUAUGAAUAUUUCCUAGAUAGGUUCUUUAUUUUGUCAUUUUGUCAACCUUAUUCUUAAGUACUUCUUUCCUUUUAAUAUAUGUAUGUGUAGGGAAAAAAUUAAAAAUUGCACUUAACCUUACACUCCUGAAAUACUGUGUAUAUCCUGUGUCUUUCAAAAACUAUUUCCAUUUUUGUUUAUUUUUUUGUAAGUCCAUUGCAUAAGUGACAGGUUUGGAUGCUUAUGGCACAAGGCUAUGAAGGGGAAGGAGGAAGAGAACUGUCCUUUAAUAAGCUGUAAAAGUCAUUAAUGUGUAAAGGGAAAAUAGACUAGUUGUCAAAGUCAUUUAUUCAGUCCUUAGUUUUCUUACAUGACAUUACUUCUCUGCUCAUCAGUGAGAAAGCACCCUCAGCUUGUACUGCCCCCUUCCCUGCCUGCCAGCAGACUUGCUGUAUGCAAAUGGCUCUCCAGUAUUUGUCAGGUGGCCUAUAAGGUAUUCUCGUCAGUUUAGAAGUGGACUGGAUAAAACAUUUACUCUGUUGUUAUUAGUAUUAUUUUAUCUCAUUUGUCCUGUUACAUUCCCUAUGUUAAGAAAAUUAUAUUGCCACUAAUAACCAAGAUGCUAAAUGAUUAUUACAACUGGUCAAUAAUAAUCAUCUUUUUAUAUACAAGGGUGUGUGCAUAUUUGGAACUGAUAUGAAAAAUUUAUUUGUACCCAUUUGAGUGAUAUUGCACAACAGAUAUUACAGAUUCCGUUUUCAUUUCCUCGUGUUCUUUAUGAUAAUGAUCUUUGUAGACUGGUUAUUUCUGUACUUUAUCUGUAAUAAACUUUGUAGAUCCUGUGAAAUGUUAUUUUGCCUAAAUCACUUGAGACUUGAGUCUUUAAUAACAAAGCAUCAAUAUUCACUAAAUCCAAUCUCUUUUGCGUUUCUGUGACAUGGCUAGAACCUCUGGACACUAAGGGAUCGGCGUUCGUUUUCCCUGGGUGUUCCACUAGGGCAUUACUAUAUAAUGACUUGAUGUUGCCACAUAGACUUCAAGAUAUAUAAUAUUUUGAGGAUUUUGUUGAUUGGCCUAUGUUUUAUUGCAUAAUGUAAAACGUGUAAAGCUUGGUUGGCCUGUACAUAGAUAGCUUCUUGUUGGCUAGUAUAUCUAGGAUCGCCGUAAUAUUUAAGCUUAUUGAUGUGUGUGCUGGUAGAAACAUAAUUUUUGUAUAUUUACCGAGAUGUUACCUUUUUUAUUUUACAAUACUUUGGAAUUCAAAUGUGUUUUUUGCUUCCGUGAGGAUUAAUUUGGGAGAGUUUUUGAUGACAUUCCACUGAUUUCAGAUUUUGCUUGAGAUUGACCUCAAUAAAUUGUCCUGUAUGCCCCAAAUUAAA